UAGUAACACUGGAAAGACCGCCAAAUUACUAAAUGCCAUCAUAACCUAAAACAGUAAAAUACAAUUAAUGUUUUUUGUUUGUACCUUGUGUACAUAACAAUUUAAUUAGUAGUACCCUAGUACCAACACAUAUUAAAUAAAGAUUACAUUUUAAAUGAUGGUACAUCGUUUUUUGAUUAAUAGCAUUAUUAAAAUUUUCCUAAAAUAAUACAGCCCAUCAUUAGUUCAAGUACCUAUACCACAAAAUGGUCAAGAAGCAGAAAAAUUUGUGAAAAAUGCAAAGUUUAUUGUAUGCGUAAAGAACAUUCACGUAAAUAUGCAACUUUUGGAAGAAAUAAGUAAUUUGCAGUUGCAAUUCCUAGACUAUGAAUGGGUUCAAUCUAUAUACGAUUCUGAGUUCUUCGAAUUUAGUGAUUUGCCGUCUGAAUUUCAAAAUGCGAUUGACUCUUCAGAAGUAAACUUAACUUUACAAAAUGUAAUUCAUGCAAUUGAUGAUUGGUUAUCUUGUAAAGAUAAUUCUGAUGAUGAUGCUUCAUGGGUGACACUCUCUAAUCAAGUCAAUCAUAAAAAUUUACUAGCCCUAUUAGGCUAUUACAUUGACUGUGGAAAUAAAAACAUAUUUCCUACUGAGGCCAGAAAUAAUGCAUUGUGGGCAUCUCGGCUCUAUUUCAAGCUCUUAUCUAUUCCUGGAUAUAAAGCAUACCAUAUUUAUCACUCUCAACUUUUUGCCCACACUCUAACCUGUUUAAGUUACCCAAAAACUGUAUGUGAAAAUGAAGAUAACUUUUUUAAUCCUAAACAAUUGAUAAGAGUAGUAAACUCUAUUAUUAAAGAGCUAAAUGAGUUUGUCCAUGAGUUGAAAGCAGUCAUUGUGAACCUACAACUUAGUCCAGGAGACAUAAAUUUUGAGGAUAUUCUAUCCAAUCUGAUUGAUAUUACUGGUGGAUCUAUUGUCACGAAAUUGAAUAUAGAUAAGAUAGAGCUAGCAAAUUUAUCCAAGGUUGUAUAUGAAGUUAUCGACUUCAUACUCUGCACUGCAGAUGGGGAACCAGAUGCUUUAGCAAUUAAGUUAUUGUUCAAGGCCAUGCUCCCAAAAUUUAUAGCAGCAUCAGUAGAUCAUAAACAAGCUAAUAACAUUGUAAGAGCGUCAUAUGUGGCAUACUCUGGACUCAUCUUAAGUAAAUAUGGUAAAACUGCACUUUCCAGUUAUGUGGUGCUUUUGCAACAUUUAACUUAUUCAUUGGACGGACUGGAAAAGGCUGAAGUUCGACAGACACGGAUACCAUUGGUAGUUGGUCUAAUGAGUCUCUUGCCACAGAGAUCAUAUUGCAAUACAGUCAAAUGGCUUAUCAAGUUAACAACUACUGCAAAAGUACCUCAUCGACAGGUGGCAAUGGAAAUAUUAGCUCAGCUGUUACCAAAUGAUGCAGAGAAACGGAAUUCCGAUUCAGGAAUCGAAAGUCGAAAGACAUCUAUUGAAGAUAAUUUGGAAGUACAUGAUAAUAAGGAACCAGUAGUAGAUGCUGAAAAGGACCAAGCGAAAGAUACAAUGGAGGAGGACAGUCAGUCACAGUCAUCAAUAUCAGAGGUUGAUAUAGACCCAUCAGAAGAUAUUUCUAGUCUAAUUAACCAGCGUCGGCAUUGCGUCCCUCAUGGAGAAAUAGUACGUGCGAUAUACGAUCGCAUAAGUGACGUAUCGGGCACGUUACGUGCACGAGCGAUCGCUAUACUUACAGAUUUACUGGGAUCUAACCAUGAGCCCAUUAUGGAAGCUAUGAGAGAUCUAAGCGGCGACGGGACACAGUGCCAACUAGCGAAAGCGGCCUCCCGUUGUUCGUCUGACGAGCGCGCUGCCGUGCGUAAAGCGGCCGUUUCGCUCAUACAUCGGCUGCUUGUGAGAAACCCUCAUCCUACACAUUAUUCCACUUUAGUAUCUCUUUGCCGCGACGCAAGUAUCUUGGUACGCGGCGCAGCCGUCAAUGCGUUGGCAGAUGUAGCGCUGAACAAUCCAACUAAACUCUCACUCAACGCCUUCCUAACUGGCCCCAUGCACCAACUGUCUGACCCGGAAGCUAAGAUACAAGAACAAGUAAUAAAUCUUGCCCAAGCAAUCAUAGUGGCGCCCUUGCAAAAGUUCGAUCCGGCAAAUACUGAGGAUUGCCUCCCUUGGAGUUUCUUGGCGGGCAUCGUAAGACUUAAUAUGAGGAAACAUCUUCAGAAAGCCUGCAUGCUUCUUGUGAAAUCUUCAAACAGUAUUAAUCAUCGUUUGGUAGAUCUAGUCAGCACACAUCUUGGCGUGCUAUCAGACGCGCGUGACCUACAAAGCCUCGUGUUAUUAACAAGCGUAGCAAGACACGUCGAAUACAACGAUGUAGCUUUUCUACUCGACUAUUAUUACAAACUGGCAGGUACUGGACAGGAGGGUGAACGCGAUUGUCGUCUUAUGCCGUUGGUUGUAGAGCUUUUGUCUCUAUGGUCCCGCUUUAUAGAGGACGGCGCCAGAAGAACAUUACGCGAUCAUCUCAUACAAAGAAUUCAAAUUGAUGCAGUUUCAGAUUGUCGGCCUGCAUGUGUGUCGCUCGCUGCGAAUUUAGAUCCUUCGGAUAUGCAUUGGGCUACGGAUUUAAUGAAAGUGUCUGAGGGCCGAGCGUUAAGUGGAGGACCGGUUGAUGAUUGGGUUUGCGCGGCUGACCUUUCUUUGGUAGCACCUGAACCGCCUUCCUUCGCUCUGAUUAACCUCUAUGUUGCUGCAUUACAAUCACCACCACCUGAUUGGACCGAGUCAGAACGCGGCGCGUGCGUAGCCGGCAUCGGACGUAUUUGCGUUCGUUCGCGCGACGCGUCCGUAGUAGCGGCUCCACAGCUCGCUAUUUUGCUACAAGACUCCACUGCACCGCUUUGCGCCCGCCUAAACUCUUUACUGGCGCUCACGGACGUUUGUACAAGGUAUUCGUGUAUAGUGGAGCCGCUGUUGAAAUCAAUGUGCGGAUGUCUUAGCUGCGACGCGCCCGCAGAGUUGCGUCGCGCUGCCGCAAGAGUGCUCACACGACUGCUAUUGGGAGGCUAUUUGAGGCUACGAACGCCUCUUUAUUACCGCUUUUGUGCGUUGUUGGCGGACGAAGACCUCGAAGUCCGUGAGCCGGCAGAGUACUAUGUGACGAGUUGUCUCACUGUUGACGUCAUUUAUCAUCACUUUGUCGACUGCGUGCUGCAUUAUAACAACGAAAACGAAGACAAAAUGUCCUUCGAUUCCCGUCAACUUAUAUACGAUGUAAUGCUCCAACGAAUGUCAGUGGUACAACGAUUGAAUAUUCAAUGUCGAUUAGCGAGAGAGAUUCUGACGCACGCUGCUGAUGAAAUAGAAGAGAUACGUGAUGAUGAAGAGCUUCCAGCGCCACUUAAUGCUGCCCUCCUGGAUACGAUAACGUUACUCUGUGGACCUCGGAUGAAACUGCCCAAAAAACCGGAAAAGUCUGGUGAAGCUGAUAUUGAAGAUCUUCAGGAGAGAGUCACCACUAACAUUGUUUCACAUAAAAUGAAACGUACAGUGGCAGAGGUGCUAGUACCAGCAGUACUGCGGUUGUACGCACGUCUACGAACCCGCGGUGGACAAUUAGCCACGUAUAUAGUGAGGAUUGCCACAGACCUACACAACGAUUAUCGGCAAGAGAUUGAAGAGCUAAUAGAAGACGACGAAGAAUUAGUAGAACGCGUGCGUCACUUUCAAGACGCUAUCGGCUUGGAGUCGUCAUCGGGCAACAGUCGUAACCUCGUGACGUCAUCCGUACCACCAGAUCCUGAAACGCCCCGUACCCAAAAGAAAAGACCACGCCCUUACUCCCAUACGCCGCGGAAACGGAAACUUAAGAUAUAAACUUAAAUGAGAGGCUUUCUUGAUAUUAGGUUUUAUUAUUUUUCUAAAGGUACGAAAUGAGAGUGAUGUGCUCUAAGGUGCAAAAUUUAAUUCUUGAACGCUGUCAAAUAUGUCAAACCUCAUACAAAACCAAUGGUUACUAUAGGUCUUGAAACUAUAUUGAAGUUUAAUUGACUAUUUAGAAUACGGGCCUUACAUUCCCCAAACAUAUUGUUCAUUUUAACCAAAUUCUAUUGCCAGUAAUUAAACUAACAACUGUUUGAAAAAAAUAUUAAGGUAAUCUUUAAAGUAUUUUUUUAAGCAGUUAGUAUGUAUGUGUAUAUUUAAUUAACAGUCAAGAGGCUAGGCAAGAAAUGAAACGUUAUCGAUCGAAGUCAUUUGCCUAGCUGUUUAAUCAACUGGCUGAAUAUCUUUCAGGUUGUUAGUUAAACGGCUAGGCUGUUAAUUGAAAGUCUUAUUGAACGAGUUGGCUGCGACCUGUAUACCAGUAUUUUAAAUGGCAAUAUUGGUAGUGAUAGAACACAUUAAUUAAAACAAUACUAUUAUAAAGAAUAAUAGGUUUUGAGAAAUGUAUUAAUAUUUUUGUAUUUUUUUCUAUUUUGAAAUCGAUUAUCUACGGUGUUCGUAAUAUUUUCUUUAUAUACAUAUAUUGUCUUUUGAUUUUUUUAUACUUUAUUGUUGAAGAAUUAAGGCUAAAAUGUUUAAUUAGCUAAUGAUAUAUUUAUAAAACAAAAUGUAAAAUUCAAUUCACUUGCUUGUUAGAUAUAGCUUUUACAAUUUUUUAAGUAGGGGUGCUAUAUGAAGAAUGUUUAACAGAAAUUAUGUGUGUAUUAUUAAAUUCACCUCUGACUACUCCAUAGGGUACGGAAAUCAUGGAAAUAUUUUCAAUGUAAGAAAUAUAAUUAAAAUAAAA